GUAGUUCUACUUCUGAUGAAAGCAGCAACUAUGCUUUCAACACCAUGGCUAACCACAGUUGCGACACUGGGUUUGUUAUGUUUGGUAACAACACAAGGACUUGCACUGGAGAUGGUAGCAGCACUACUGGUGUUUUUGAUGGAGAAGCAGCAAUUUGUGAACUAAUUUGUGUCCUGCCCACCCCUCCUCUUAAUGGAGCAUUGCUCACCAACACUGACCAAACCGAGAGCUCUGUCAUUACCUUCCAAUGUGAUCCUGGUUUUUCACUGAUGGGUACACAGACUACCACUUGUAACAACUCUGGUUUAUGGGAUCCUGACCCAGCUCUAUUGGAGUGUGCGUCAAUAACUGGUGCAUGGAAUGUUGCUGCUCUAUCUGGAGGUUUUGUUGCUAUAGUGAUUGUACCGAUCGUCCUGGUCGUCAUAUUUCUCUUAGUAGUCACUAUCAGAAAGAUAAGGGCAACUAAAGGAUUCCUUGACUCCCCCCCAGGUGAUCCAGUAUAUGAGGAAGUUUAUCUAGCAAUGACAAAUAGACAACUGUCUGGUAAUGAAGUUCCAAUAGCCCCAGCUGGUCCAGUAUACGAGGAAGUUGAUCUAGCAAUGACACCAAGAACACAAGACAUUCAAGUGGAGUCUAAUGAAGCUUAUGGACAAACGGCAAAACAAAACAUAAAGCUGCAGUCAAAUCAGGCAUAUGAAUACACGAGUAACUAGGUUGAUAAGAAC